GCUCGCCAGAGAUCCUUCAGACUGGCUGGAGCGCCGCGUCGUCGCCCGCGCCCGCUGAGGGCUCGCGGCUCGGGCGCGCCCGGCGCGUGUGGCGAGCUCCAGCCGUGCGCUGCGACGAGGCCGGGCGGCGGGCGGUUAGCGCUCCGCUCGGCGGGCGGGGAGGACAGGCACGCCGGGCGCUGCACGCCUCGGCGGGCGGGUUCCGCGUCCCAGGACCGAAGCGGGUCGGUGCCCCCGUGUGGAGAGAGAGGGGCGGCCGGGCUCCCCUGGACCCGGACGGCCCCAGGCUGGGCAGGAGGCUGGGGCCAGGGGCCGGCCAUGUCCGCUCGCGCCCCGGUGCCCGCCGCUGCCCCCGGGAGGACCCGCCCGCCGUGGCCGGAGACCGGGACGCGCUGUUGGCAGCGGCGAGCCGGCGGGCGGAGCAGCCGGCGCCCGGCGAGCGGGAGGGCAAAGAGGCGAGGGAGGAGCGGGCCGCGGCCGCCACCAGCGCGGGGCGCGGGGAGAGCCGUCGCCGGCGCUCGUGCUGGGACACAGCGUGCCGCAAGCGGCCGUGCCCGUGAGGCCGCUGGCGCUGCACCUGGCGCACAAGGCGCGUGCGCCCGGGGGUCCCUUCGGCGGGAGGCCCCGCCGCCGCCGCCGCCACCACCACCGCCGCCGCCGCCGCCGCCACCGCCGCCGCCGCCAGCACCUCGGGACCCACCGGAGGACGUCCGUGAGGACCCAGCGGCAGCCGGCCUCGAGGACAAGCCGCCGCCGCUGCCAAAGGGGAACCCGUGGACCAAGAAGCUGCCUCAGCACCUGUCCCCGGUGGGCACCGGCGUGCCGCCGCCCGCUCAGGACUCCCCGGAGGCCGAGCUCAGUUCCCCCAAAAUUAUAAAAGCGGGAAAACUCAAGACAAAGAAAUCCAACAAGGCUAGUGACUUCAGUGAUAUGGCAAACUGGCCAACACCAGGUGAAUUGGUUAACACGGGGUCUCAGAGUGUUAUCAGCCAAGGAAAUAAAAAGCCACAAAUUAGAAAAGAAAAAGAAGAGAAGAUUGAAAAAAGAAGCAACAGUGAGAGCAAAGAGAACCGGGAAGCAAAAUUAGAUGGUCCUAUUGAAAACGUCAGCGAGGAUGAAGCUCAGUCAAGCAGCCAGCGAAAGAGAGCUAAUAAGCACAAAUGGGUACCACUCCACUUAGAUGAUGUGAGACCAGACAGCCAGGAAAGACCUGGGUCCCGGAACAGCUCUAGAUGUCAACCUGAAGCAAAUAAACCAGCGCACAACAAUAGAAAAAGUGAUACACGAAGUUGGAGACGGGAUAGAGAAAAGAGAGAUGAUCAAGAUGAAGUAUCCAGUGUGAGAAGUGAGGGUGGUACCAUCCGAGGUUCCACUAGAGGCCGGGGAAGAGGCCGGGGCCGAGGAAGAGGCCGAGGUCGAGGAAACCCUAGAUUGAACUUUGAUUAUUCAUAUGGUUAUCGAGAGCCAGGGGAAAGGACUGAGCAGCCAUUUCCUACAGAGCUUAACACCAGCAUGAUGUAUUACUAUGAUGAUGGCACAGGUGUGCAGGUGUAUCCUGUGGAAGAAACACUGCUUAAAGAGUACAUUAAGCGCCAAAUUGAGUAUUACUUCAGCAUAGAGAACUUGGAACGGGACUUCUUUCUUCGAAGAAAGAUGGAUGAGCAGGGAUUUCUGCCCAUUUCCCUGAUUGCUGGUUUUCACCGUGUGCAGGCUCUCACCACAAACCUUAAUCUCAUCUUGGAGGCACUUAAGGAUAGCACAGAAGUAGAAAUUGUGGAUGAGAAAAUGAGGAAAAAGAUAGAACCAGAAAAAUGGCCAAUUCCAGGCCCUCCUCCACGAAAUGUGCCACAAACAGACUUCUCUCAGUUGAUUGAUUGUCCGGAGUUCAUACCUGGCCAGGCCUUUGGCUCCCAUACAGUCAGGGUGAUGAUCUACUGAUGCUCUUGGAUGUCAUAUGAUCGGAAUAUACAGUGGAGUAGGUGACUCCCUGAAAUACCAUGUAAAUAUGAGAGCAAAUCGUGCUGCAGAAGUGAGAGUGACCAUACUGUCUUCUGUGCAAGAAUGUCUACGCCCACCCCCUUGUGGAGAAGGUUGGGCCAGCCUGCAGUGGAGAAAACCACCUUUACGAUAAUGAUGUGAGACAGACCAGAGGACUGCUGUUACUGUAGGAGCUUCUCCUUUCUAUGUCAUUAGCUUAGGCUGCACGGGCUACUUCAUGGUGGGAAAGUUAAUUGUUAUCAUUGGGGAAAUACUGCAAAUUCUAUCUUUUGUUUCCAGGCAUUUAUACUUUGCCCAGAUCAAUAAAGCAGAAAAAGAGAGGAUUGAGUAGCAUUUCCAAAAUUGUUAGGUCCUUUGCUAUUUGACUUGCUCUUUAAUAUAGUAUACUUUGCAUAACUCACAUGUUGUCAUAUUUCACAUGUACUAUAAGAUGUAUUAAUGUGAAUACUUAAGGGGUAAGAAAUUUAAGUUAAAUAAAUAAGGGCAUUUUUCCUUUAUGCUUCAAAAUUGUUUUUAAGGGCUUUUCUUUUUAUUAUUUUAUUUAUUAUUGUGCACAUAUGAUAUGUGUGUUUUUUGCGUGUGGGCAUAUGUGUGCCAUGGCAUGUAUGUGUGGAGGUAAGAGGACAACUUUACAGAGUUGGUUCUUUAUUUCCACUGUGGGACUCAGGUAUUAAACUCAGGUGGUUAGAUUUGCCCAGUAAGUGCCCUUACCUUCUGAGCCAUGUCUCUGGCUUCAAAAUUGUAUUUCAUACAUUGGCAUAAAAAAACUGCCUGCCUAUCUAUGUUCCUCAAACUGUAAACUGGAAUAAAUCCCUCUUGUCAAGAAUUUGGGCACAGCAAUGAAAAAAAUAACUAAUAAAGUUAGUACCAAGAAGUCGAAGUGUUGCUGUAGUAACCUAUGUGGUAUGUAGGCUGUUGGACCUGGUCCUCAGAAGGAAUGUGAAAGAAGGAUGCAGAGCUCAGUAGUCAUUCUGAGUGGCUUAUAGGAGACCAGCACACCAAUGAGAACCUAGCAAGUGACCAUUGUGCUCAGUUUUCGGAGAGGGGCAGGUAACACUGAAGAGUUGAGCUAAAGGCUAUUUGCGUUUUCUACUGAUGGAGAAUAUGGAUGUAUUCUGCCCAUUCCUGAGAAUAUAAGUCAUAGAGCGAUUUGUUUGGCAGUGGCAGUUUCAAAAUAGAAUUAUGUUUAGGCAAAGGCAUAUUUACUACUCACUGUGCUUAUUCAGAUCUAUAGCAAGAGAAAGCAGAGAGUGGAAAAUGUGCAGUGUAGGGAAGAAAGGAGUGCACCCAGCAGAGUGCACAGAGAGCUUUUUAUACUUAAGGAAAUUAGUGCCAAAGUGAGAAAUUAAACAUUACUACUAAGGCAGGGCAAGUGCCCAUAGUCUCAAAUUGAUUUGAAAGAAGAGAAACUAAAGUGAGACUGGCUAAUUUCUGCUAUGUAAACAGACUUCUAUGAGAAAAGUUUAACAGGUUUGGAAGCCCAAGAGUGUUGAAAGGCUAGUUAUAGCACUCUUAAGCUACUUACAGGUAAUAGGGGCCAGACAGCAUCUCAGGCUGGCAGUAGAACUUGAAUGCUUCAUCAGCAUGUAAAAUGCAAGUUACAGGGUCAUAGAAGCUUGCAUCAGAAGCCACUGAAACUGUGCGGCAAAGGAGAUUCUGAAACACCAUUGUUUAAAGCUCUGUAAGGUCAAGUUGUAAACUAGACAUCCAGGCUAUUUAUUGGAAGUUCCAGAAUUGUGGAACACCCGCCAAUGGAAACUAUAGUAGAAUCAUCCCAUGAGAGAAGCUAUAUAUAUAUAGUACAGGUGACAACAUUGGAGGGGUGUUGCUGUCCAUGGUUUUUGGAUCCCAGAUGAUAGUACCACAAGCCCCAGAUGCUGAUCAUGGUAUAGUGUUUCCCUGCUAGGUUUAGGUGUUACUUUGAUCCAAUUUUCCCUUGCUAUACCCCAUUCCUCUCUGUUGGAAUGGAAAUGUUUACACUAUGCCUUUGUACAUUGGAAGUAUGUAUCUUGUUUUCUGAAAUUAUAGAAACUCACGUUAAGACCUUGCCUUGCAUCUCAGAGCCUUUGGGCUUUUGAACAAUGUUGGGACAAUUAAAGACUAUGGUGACUUUUGAAGUCAGACUGAAUUUAUUUUGCUUUAUGAGGCUAUGGGAGUCAGAGAUGAAAUGUAAUGGUUUAAAGUGAUUUGUUUGAGAGUCAAGUUGACAAGGAGUGUACUUGUGAUAAUUAAUCUUCAUUGUUAACUUUGCUGGUUAUGUCUGUGGGGGCAUUUCCAGAGAGGCUUAACUGAAGAGGGAAGACCCAUCCUACACUGGGCUGGGUGCUUGGCCUGAAUACCAGCAUUCAUCUUUGUGCUUCCUGACUGCAGACACAGUGUUUCCAGCCACCUCAUGUUCCUAUCUCCAUGCCUUCCUGCCAUCAUGGAUUCUGCCCCUCAAACUGUGAGCCAAAAUAAAUCCUUCUACCCUUAA